CAUCCGGUUUUGACUCGUGCGGCGGUUAGAGAAUGAGGCGCUAAAGAAGAAGGAGAAUUGCAGUUUCGCUUCACGACUCAUUAUUAAGUAGCUAGUAAAAUAAACAAAAUAAUUUAUUGUCUGAGCUCUUUCUUUCAAUAAACAAGACAUGAGCGACAACGAAAAGGAUUUCGGCGAGCGGGACUCGCGCUCUGCUUCCAGGAGUGUGAGCCCACGGGGUUCUGGGAAGUCUGCCAGCCACUCCCCUGCCCAUUCCCCUGCCCAGUCCAAAGAUGGCUCCAGACAUUCCCGCUCCAAGUCCCACUCCCGGUCUCGCUCUAAGUCCAGGUCUCGUUCCCACAGAAGCUCCCGUCGGCACUAUUCCCGCUCUCGCUCCCGUUCCCACCGCCGCCGUUCCCGUAGCCGUUCCCGUAGCGGGGAAUACCGCCGCCGUCGGAGCCACAGCCACUCGCCCAUGUCCAACCGCCGCAGACAUAUCGGCAACCGGGCCAACCCAGAUCCUAACUGCUGCCUGGGCGUGUUUGGCCUGAGCUUGUACACCACAGAGAGGGACCUUAGAGAUGUGUUCUCCAAGUACGGCCCCCUAGCGGAUGUCAGCAUCGUCUAUGACCAGCAGUCACGACGCUCCCGCGGCUUUGCCUUUGUCUACUUCGAGGUCCGAGAGGACGCUAAUGAGGCUAAGGAGAGAGCGAAUGGAAUGGAGUUGGAUGGAAGGAGGAUCCGGGUGGAUUUCUCCAUCACCAAGCGACCACACACGCCUACACCUGGGAUAUAUAUGGGACGGCCCACAUAUGGAGGAGGCGGUGGAGGUGGUGGAGGCAGUGGAGGUGGCGGUGAAAGGAGCAGUGGACCCAGCUCAGGCUCAUCUCGACGCAGCUCAAGGGAUUACGACCGUGGCGGUGAUCGGGGCUACGACAGGGGCUACGACCGCGGCUACGACCGCUACGAUGACCGCGAGUGCUACAGGUCCUACAGACGCAGGUCUCCGUCCCCGUACUACAGCCGAGGGGCCUACAGGUCUCGCUCACGGUCACGAUCCUACUCCCCGCGCCACUACUGAGUAGUGAGAGAAGAGGAUCAAGCUGAAGAUGAAGACUAUUUUUGUGGGGUGGAUGUAGGGUCAGGGUGGGUGAGGUUGGGAGGGGGUGUCAUUUAAACAGUCUUUUUAUUUGUGAUUUCUUUUUCUUCAGUGGUUUAAUUUCUGUCCGUGAGCUUCUUGGUCACCCUUGGCCCCUAUUGUGUUUGGAGUUGUUGUCAAUUUGUUUAUCCAUCUCUGUAUUUGCUUCUCCAGGCUCUUUUUUUGAUACAUUUAACUAUAAACCAACAGAGCCUGGAGAAAAGAGAUGGAUUAACAAAUGAACAGCCUGUGCAAACACAAUGGGGGCUGACUGAGACAUUCAUGGAUAGAAACCUAUUGCAUGGUAGGCUAGGGUAAAGGGCUACAUGUAAACCCAGCUCUAGGAUCAGAACUUAACUGUUAGGGUGACGAUAUCUGUAUCAGUGGUUAGGGGAAACCAAUUUUAUGUUGUGAAGGAGCCACUAGGUAAAAGCACUAGAAGGCUAGUUCUGUGAUGUGUACCAUGAUUUUAUGUCUGCAGUAUUCCAAGCAAUAAAACUGCAUAUUUUCAAGAU